UCAAUACGUGGAAGACAUUCAUCGAAAUCGGGAGACGUCGAGCGGUUUCCCAUUAGAAUUUAUUUAGUUUAAGACAUAAAGGUCGCAAAGGAGUUAGUAAAAUGGUCACAAAAUACGUUAUUGCCCUUUUCGCCCUCUGCUCUAUGAGCGGAGCUUUAGCCCAAAGCUGCCAAAACCCUCAGGUAGAAGCAGCUUCAUUCACAAGUUUAGAUGCUACGGUGGUAACACAAAUUGCGUACAUCACGGAGUUUACGCUAAAGUGUGAUAAUCCUUUGCCCCCAAACUACGCAUUGUACGCGGAGGUUGAGGGAAAACCGCUGACUGCUGCCCGCAUCGGAGAGAACAAAUAUCAGGUGUCAUGGACUGAAGAGCCGGCUCGCGCCCGCUCGGGCACGCACGAGGUCCGCAUCCUGGACGAGGAGGGCUGGGCCUCCCUGCGCCGCGCGCGCCGCGCCGACCCCGCCGCCACCGUGCCUCCGCUACUCGCUGUUCAGCUGACCCACCCCGGCAGUUACUCUGGUCCCUGGGUGAACUCCGAGGUGCUUGCUACCGCCAUGUCGGUGUUGGUGGCCUACACAGCUCUGCGCAACAAGAGCCGAAUUCUCGCUUAAAUGUUAUUUAUUUUUAAUAUUUAAUAAAUCUUUCUAAUUUAAA